UUUGUUGAACUUUUCACUGUUCACAAACACUUUUCUUUUUUUUUUUACAAUCUGAGGAGAAAUUCAGACAAAACUUUUGAUCAGACAAUCUCCUUAUGCCAACCGGAUUGCCCACUUUCAGCUUGACUGCUACAGUUACACAAAGUAACUGUGUAACUGCACAGAAGGAUUAUAUCUUAAAACACAUUUGGUGAUGCUCUCUUAAAGCCAAUAGUGGAAAAAAUUGGGUUGCAAAACCAGUCAAACAAAAGUUUUGGGAGUUUUAUACACAAUCAGUUUAGGUUACCAUUCAAAUCACAUAUUACAUUAGUAAUAUGACUGAUUCUUGCCAUUAGAUAUUCUUUAUACAAGGUAAUGAUAAAUGAUUGUUCACUGAUUGUCAUAAAAGUCAGACACUGACCACAAAGCUCUUACCGGAGCAUCUCUUGAUCAUAAUCUCUUGUUUAAGGGAACGCUUUACCCAUUUCAAAGGGAAGAGGAGGUACAGCAUUCUUCACACAGCUAAUAUUGUCCAGUAUUGAUAUUGCGAUGUGAAAUUGCCCCCACAACUAGAAGAGAAACUAGAAAUUUCCCACUGCACACUGACCGAGAGCCUCCAAAUCUAACAUGCCGGUGUCAAUGAGCACAGCUUUCUUUUUUUGAAGCACAAAAAAAUAAAAACCCGAACAGAAUAGAGACCUGAAAUACGAUAGGCAUCUGCUUGAGUACGUCCGUGUGUAUUUGUACAUGCACACUCACACACACACACACAGUAGGCACGAAGCACAUGUUAUCAACUGUGAACAGCGGCAGCAGCAGUAGUUGUGCUCUGUGUCUGCGCGUGUGUGUGUGUUAAGAUCGAGUGAAAGUGUGCGUGCCCACAAACAGUGUCUGCCUCUCCUCAUGUGCUGCCAGCUCUGAGGGAUCCGCCGUAAGUCAAUCUGUGUGCUCAUAUCCCCCUGAGUGUUUGUGAGCUUGUGUGAUCCACUACUACUGCACUACCCCACUUGAGGAGCUUCUCAGGGCCGCGCGGGUCUGGAAAGGGCCGAGGGCCGGCCCCUGCUGCACACCACCCACUUCACACCUGUCUCUCUCUUUCUCUUUCUCUCUCUCUUCCUCGCUCUCUCUCUCUGAUUGUGCUGCACUGGGCUCAUUGUAGCAGUGACAGGAGGGCACCCGUUAAGUGGCCUGCAUGUGUGUGCGUGCGCGCGUUGUUCUCCCAUGAGGUUGUGGGGUGGAGAAGGGCGAUGAAGGACCCCUACUGGUAAUGUGGGUAAACUCGCGCAGCCACGACAUCUGUGAGAACAGGCAGAGGGGGAGGGCAAGGAGGGAGGAGAGACAGACAAGAGAAGAGGAGGACAGAGUGGGAAAGAGGUAAGGAGUGAGAAGGAGAGAGGGAGGGAGAAGGGGGAGAGAGGGAGCAGAGUCUUGGCAGAGAGCAGUUGUGGAGAAAAUGCCUUGCUUUGUGGAGAGAAUUCUUCCAGGGCAGGAGGGAGAGGUGAGACAGAGCACUGAGGGCGCUUUGCUGCCAGCUGAGAGGAGUUUAUGCACUGACACGACCUCAGGAAAACCCAAGAUGGCCGCCAAAAGGAAAGGUGGCCUAAAACUCAACGCUAUCUGUGCCAAGCUCAGCCGCCAAGUGGUGUACGACAGCAGCUCCCAAAACGCAGAGGGAGAUCAGAGCGUAGCAGAGAACAGCGAGCGCGGCAGUUCCUACUACGACGACAACGAGACCAACUUCCCAGAAGGCCUGAGCCUCAGCCAGAGCCUCGAAGAGGACCAGAAGAGACGCGAGGCCAUCGAAAAAUGGGUCAAUGGCGAGUACGGGGAUGAGCCGCCUGCUCCCGACGAGGAGCAGGAACAUGAACUCAGAGUCAGCAAUGACGAAGACGGUCCUCCCGAGGGCGUCUACAUGGUCCAGCCUAAGGGCUGCAGUGAUGACGAGGACAACGGCGAGGAGGCAGAGGCCACGGCGGGCUCUCAGGAUGGUAGUUACCAUGAUGACAAAGAAACUGAAGAGAGACCUCCAAAGGACAACAGCUACAUGCCCCCAAGCGAGGGCCAGAGUCGCCAAGCAAGUUUCUCCUCUCCAGGAGAAGCUUCAGCCCUACGGGACUAUGCUGUCAACACCAUGAAUAAGUUUCUUGGGAUGUUUGGUUAUGAUGACCAUCAGGUAAGGGACGAGGUGUCCAAGAAGAUCAGCUUUGAUGCUGUCAAAGCUACCUCAGACCCCUCGUCCGUCAGCAAUGCGGAGGACUCGCGCAGCCCUCGCUUCUCCAAGUACGAAGAGUACAUCCGCAAGCUAAAAGCUGGUGAAACCCUCCCUUGGCCCGUGCACGCUUCCCCACCCAAACCGGAUGACCUCAAUUCCAAACUGACCCAAGAAAAGAGCACUUCGAUGCUUCAGAGCUCCGGUGGCCUGACGGGGGCGGAGAGUCAGAUCUACCACUCCAGCCUAGACCACAAACAGUCGGGAGCAACUCAGUUGGGCAACUCUCAGCCGCCCAAUUCCUCCCAUGUACAGAACAUGGCCUCCCGAGCCUCAAAAUAUGACUUCUUCAUUCAGAAGCUAAAGAUGGGCGAGAGCUUGCAGCAGCAGAAUGGCAAUGCUUACAAGCGACCGUCCAAGUACGACCUAGAGAAUGUCAAGUUUCUGCACCUGUUCAAACCCGGCGAUGGCAACCAAGACAUGGGUGGCGCUAUUGCCUUUAAGACUGGUAAAGUUGGUCGUCCUUCCAAAUAUGAUGUCCGAACAAUCCAGAAGCUAAUACCAGGAAAUCCAGAAACUUCUUUGAUCCCUAAUGUUCUGGCUACGGCACCAGGAAACCCUGGAGCUCCAGGGGUCCCCGCUGUUGGGACGACUGGGGCCAACAUUGCUCCGGGGCUGACGAUGGACCAGGCAGGACACAUAAGCUUCAACGCAGCUGAUUAUAUGAAGUCCAGCUUUUCCAAGACUGACUCUAUAACCACAGGCACUGUGUCAUCAGUGAAGAAUGGUCUGCCGCCUGAUAAACCCGCCAGUGAUGACGUCAACCUCUACCAGAAAUAUAUCGCCAGGUUCUCUGGAAGUCAGCACUGUGGACAUGUGCACUGUGCUUACCAGUACAGAGAGCAUUACCACUGCAUGGACCCUGAGUGUAACUACCAGGUGAGCAGGUUUACCAGUAAGCAGGAUGUAAUCAGGCACUACAACAUGCACAAGAAGCGGGACAACUCCCUGCAGCAUGGCUUCAUGCGCUUCAGCCCCCUGGACGACUGCAGCGUCUACUACCAUGGCUGCCACCUCAACGGAAAAAGCACCCACUACCACUGCAUGCAGGUGGGGUGCAGCAAGGUGUACACCAGCACCUCAGAUGUCAUGACCCACGAAAACUUCCACAAGAAGAACGCCCAGCUGAUCAACGACGGCUUCCAGAGGUUCCGCGCCACCGAGGACUGCGGCACCGUCGGCUGUCAGUUCUACGGCCAGAAGACCACGCACUUCCACUGCAGGCGUCCGGGAUGCACGUUCACUUUCAAGAACAAGUGCGACAUCGAGAAGCACAAGAGCUACCACAUCAAGGACGACGCGUACGCCAAGGACGGCUUCAAGAAGUUCUACAAGUACGAGGAAUGCAAGUACGAGGGCUGCGUGUACAGCAAAGCAACCAACCACUUCCACUGCAUCCGCUCCGGCUGCGGCUUCACCUUCACCUCCACCAGCCAGAUGACCUCCCACAAGCGCAAGCAUGAGAGGCGGCACAUCCGCUCCUCCGGCGUCAUGGGCCUCUCCUCCACCUUCCUGGCCCCGAAGGAUGAGCCAGAAGAGUCCAGCAACGACGACCUGAUGGACUUCUCGGCCAUCAGCAGCAAGAACUCCAGCCUGAGUGCCUCGCCCACCACCCAACAGUCCGCCACCACGCCCCACUUGUUGAGCACGCCCACUACCGCCACCGCCUCCUCGAUGUCGGGCCACAACCUCAAGCCCACCCAGUCGCUGCCCGGCGCGGGCCAGCGCAUGUCGAGCCUGCUGACUCAAAAUCUGCCCAGCAACAUGCCGGUAGCGCUUGCACUUUCAAACAGCGCCCUGGCCUCCUCCAACCCAUUCUUCCCGCUUCUGCCGAGGCUGCCUCUACAGCCUCCCCCGACGGCCGCUGGCCUGAUAACGGCCGCGUCUUCUGGAGCCCACUCCAUGCCGACCGACUCUCUGACCCAGGGUGGCUCGUCCAUGGGGGGAGAUGCAGCCAUGGCACCAACUCCAACAUCCUUUGCCAAUUCUUCCAUUUUGGAGAAGAUCUCUGCAAGCAAGGGUCUGAUAUCACCCAUGAUGGCCAGAUUGGCGGCGGCUGCCUUGAAACCGUUAAACAACACAGACACAGGGAAUGGGCAGCCAGGCUCCGCCAGCCAGUUUAAUCUGGUUCAAGUGAAGCAGGAGCCUGUGGAUGGUAACGCCGGCGCUCCACAAGAUUCCCAACAGGAGCACAGCCUGGACCUGAGCAAGAAAGACCACAGUAAUGAAUCAAAUGGACACCCUGUACCAGGGAAUACAUCUCUUUUAUCCUCGCUUAUGAAUAAGAUGUCCCAGGUGAACCCUGCCCUCUUCAAUGCCAUGAACCUGAAAACCGAGCUGCAGGGAGGCCAGGUCCACGACACCUCUGAGGCAGCUCAGUACCUGCACAGAGUGCUGAAGAGGCCAGAAAACACCACUGAGAUCUGGAAGACAUACCUCCGCAGGUUUGACACAGAUGACUUCUGUGAGGCACAGUGUGACUUUCUCCAUAAGGUGCACUUUCACUGCCUGGUAGAGGACUGUGGGGCCCUUUUCAGCACUGUGGACGGGGCCAUAAAACAUGCUAACUUCCACCUUCGAGCCACCUUGAAAGUAAAGCCGGAGUCUCCGUUCAGUGACGGUAAAGAAGCCAGCGAAGCAGCUCCGCCGCAACCCGUCGCCCCCGUGUCUAUAGCCAGCAAUCCCUCCAUGGACGUGGCAAACCUCACGUCCUCCGGUGGCUACAGCUCUCCUCCUCCAUCACUGCUGGCCUGGAAGCAGCUGACCGGCAGCAUCCCUCAGAUGCCAGCCUCGAUGCCCAACCUGCCCGCAAACUCGCCUCUGGCCACCACCUCCCUGGAGAACGCCAAGCCACAAGUCAAACCCGGUUUUCUGCAAUUUCAGGAGAAUGAUCCCUGUUUGGCUACUGACUGCAAAUACUCAAACAAGUUCCACUUCCACUGCUUGUUUGGGAACUGCAAGUAUGUGUGCAAGACCUCCGGAAAGGCGGAGUCCCACUGUCUGGACCACAUCAACCCGAACAACAACCUGGUCAACGUCCGCGAUCAGUUCUCCUACUACUCCCUGCAGUGUCUCUGUCCCAACCAGCACUGCGAGUUCAGGAUGAGGGGCCACUAUCACUGUCUGAGGCCGGGCUGCUUCUUCGUCACCAACAUCACCACCAAGCUGCCAUGGCACAUCAAGAAGCACGAGAAGGCAGAGCGCCGCGCCGCCAACGGCUUCAAGUACUUCACUAAGAGGGAGGAGUGUGGGAGGCUGGGUUGCAAAUACAACCAGGUCAACAGCCAUUUCCACUGCAUCAGAGAGGGUUGCCAGUUCUCCUUCUUGCUCAAGCACCAGAUGACCUCACACGCACGCAAACACAUGAGAAGGAUGCUGGGAAAGAACUUCGAUAGAGUCCCCUCCCAGGUGAUGUCGCUCGGCCACAGGGCGGACGAGAUGCAACACGCUUCUGGUUUGAUGUCGGGGCCCGGGGCGUCUCAGGGGGGCCUCGCCUCUGGCUUCUCCUCCGCCGUCAUGGACGACACCGAUGACUACCUGGAGUACAUGGGAGGAGGAGGCGGAGGAGGAGGCAGCCCCUUGGGGCUCUCCUCCGAGUCCUCCAACCAGGACCGGAGCUGCACCAGCACACCUGUGGGCAACGACAGCUCUCCUGCAGGCAACACCAUCUCCAUUCCCACGGCCACCGGCGCCAAGAAGCGCUUCUGGAUCAUUGAGGACAUGUCUCCGUUCGGCAAACGCCGCAAGACCCCGUCGUCUCGGAAGAUGCUGGACGAGGGGAUGAUGCUGGAGGGCUUCCGGCGCUACGACCUGUACGAGAACUGCAAGGACUCGAGCUGCCAGUUUUCCCUGAAAGUGACCCACUACCAUUGCACGCGCGAGAACUGCGGCUACAAGUUCUGUGGCCGCACCCAUAUGUACAAGCAUGCGCAGCACCACGACCGCGUGGACAACCUGGUGCUGGACGACUUCAAGCGCUUCAAGUCCUCGCUCAGCUGCAACUUCCCCGACUGCCAGUUCUCGGGCAACAGCACCCACUUCCACUGCCUGCGCUGCGGCUUCCGCUGCACCGACAGCACCAAGGUGACGGCCCACCGCAAGCACCACGGCAAGCAAGACGUGAUCAGCGCCGCCGGCUUCUGCCAGUUCAGCUCCAGCGUCGACUGUGAAGUUCCCGACUGCAAAUAUAAGCUCAAGUGCUCGCACUUCCACUGCACCUUCCCCGAGUGCAAGCACACGGUGGUGGGGAUGUCCCAGAUGGAUUCCCACAAGAGGAAGCACGAGAAGCAGGAGCGGGGCGAGCUGCCAUCCGUGUCGCCCAAGCAGGAGGGGUUGCACCACCUUGUUGGGAGCAUGGCGCCGGUUGCUCCCACCUCACUGGGCGUGACAACGUCCUCCCCAGGCGGCCUCCACAGCCUGUCCCAUAACAUCAAUAGCAGUGUCCCCUCCAUGAUCUACCAGCCAGGGGGCCUCGCCUCCGACUACAACCACUCUUACCCGCCGUCCUCCAUCAGCCUAGACAGCUCCCUCAACCUGAGCACCAACACCAGCAGCUCCCUGUUCUUCCUGAAGAACGCGGCCGGUCUGGGCCUCAGCGACUCGCUGGAUCUCAGCAAGAAGUUGCACCUCGACGCGGCGCGGCCGGCACACAACGCCAAAUCCCAGCUGGACGACACGGGGACGUCCGGAGAAGCUGAGGACGACCUGUCGCCGGACGAGGAGGUGCACGCCGAGGAGGAGGAUGAGGACGAGGACGAGGAGGAGGAGGAAGAAGAGGAUGACCUCAACACUGACUCGAACGACGACUCAGCGCAGGAGCCUGACGGCGACAAGGACAACGGCGAAGGCUUCGGUGCUUCCGUAAACCACAUUGAUACUUCCCAGUUGCAAAAGCAAGAUGCUGACCCAUAAAACAAUCAAACCCAGUGGGGACUGUAGGAACUGCAGAAACAUUCUGUGUACCACCAAUAAACAGGAAGUGGCCUCAUUCAUCACGCUCAAAAACAACAACAGCAGCGGCGCCGGUGUGACAGAAAACGACGGGCCCACCGAAACGAUUCAUCGAGAUGUUUACAAAACGACCAACAUUAUGAAUUCAAUUAUGCAUUAAAGAAAAAAAAACGAGACAGAGACAAACAGAUUUUGGGCAGCCGUGUAAAGCAUUUUACUACACAUCAGUCUUUUUUGUGUGCGUGCAUGUUUGACUUUAAUUUAUUUUUAUUUCUUUCACAUUUUUUGUGUGUGGAAAAAAAAACACUUCACAAAAAACAAAAACAAAUCUCUCUAUAUAACUAUAUAUGUAGGUGUGUGCGUGCGUGCGUGUGGGUGCGUGUACGAAUGAUGAUUAUUGAGAAAAAGGAAAAUUUCUGGCAACAUGAACUGCAAAGAAAAAGGGAUGUGAAUCACUAAGAGGAGCAGGAUGUGUUUCAUAAUUUGAUCUUUAGUUCUGUAUUGUUAUUAUCAUAUUUGUUAUUAUUAAUUAUUGUUAUUAGACACUGAGAGAAAGGAGCUACUUGUUCCAUUCUCUUUGGUAUACUUUGUUCUCACAUGGGAUUGACCGACAGUCGGCUCUAUCUCAGCCUCAACAGUUCUCUCUUCCUGAAAUCUGCUAAAAAAAAAAAGCCCAGUGCAAGCGUACUUUGUAACCCGGCCCACCACCUCGAGUGGAGGAAUCAAGUUUGUGCGUGAAUAGUGCACUUUUAUAUUAUCUGACCACGAAGAAAAUGGAGAUGACAGAUAACUCAUGAAUAUGUUUAACAAUGUUUUUGUUAACAUUUGCAUCUUUUGCAUCAAAAUUUAUUUUUUGUUUUGUUUUUUGUUUUGAGAUCAUAUUGACGUUCGAGCGAGGCAGGGUGGUUAUGACGUUCAGUUUUGGGGGGAGGGGGUCGGAUGCAGCCACAUGGGAAGCAUCAGGGAAGUGUGUUAUAUGUUGAAAAUGUACAGACCGAAAAAAAUGUCCAGCUGGCAUUUUUUUUUUCUAUUUUUUUUCCAUUAACUAUGGCUGUGGUUGAGCUCCUGUUGUAAUGCUUUUUAUUUAAUAUUUAUGUGUUCUUCCAAA